AUGCCGAACCAUUGCUUUCUAGGCUUCUUCAUCAUGUCCUUUCUGAUCAGUGCAAAAGGAAUUCAGCCCACCCAUGGAUCUCUGAAACCUCAGAAGGUCCAGUUUCAGUCCAGAAACUUCCACAACAUUUUGCGCUGGCAGCCAGGAAGUUCCCUCACCACCAAUGGCAGUGUCUACUUUGUGCAGUACAAAAUGUAUGGACAGAGAGAAUGGAAAAAUAAAACGGACUGCUGGGGGACCACAGCGCUCUUUUGUGACCUGACCAAUGAAACCUUAGAACUGUACGAGCCGUACUAUGGGAGGGUGAUGACAGCCUGGGCUGGGAGCUACUCUGCCUGGAGCAGGACACCCCGCUUCACCCCGUGGUGGGAAACAAAGCUAGACCCUCCAGUCGUAACUACAGUCCAAGUUAAUGCAUCAUUGCUGGUGCUUCUCCGUGCCCCAGAGCUGCCAUAUAGAAACCAAAAUGGAAAAAAUACAUCUAUGGAAAAUUACUAUGACUUAGUAUACAGAGUUUUCAUAACUGACAAUUCACUACAAAAGGAGCAAAAGGCCUAUGAAGGGACUCAGAAAACUGUUCAAAUUGAAAGUCUGACACCUCGUUCUGGUUACUGCAUAGUGGCUGAAAUAUAUCAGCCCAUGUUAGACAAAAAAAGCCCAAGAAGUGAGCAGAGAUGUGUGCAGAUUCCAUGA